GAAUAUGUGGGCGUUUCUUAAAUCUGCUCUAGGACUACCCAAUUGGAACGCCCAGUUCCCCACUCCAUCACCAGCUGGCUGACCAAUGUGUGGUGCGUAUCAGAGCAGCUAGGAGUGGGAUUCGCUGCGCAAACCGAGCUGACCAGCUUCCAGGCGUUUUUCGUCGAAGUUCUCGCGCCCCACUCCAUCAAAAAAGGGGAGAAUUUCAACUUGCUGGUGCACGUCUCCAACUAUGUCAACUACUCCUUUCCGAUUAAAAUUUCCAUCCGACUCUCGGACAACCUGGUGCUUAAGCACCAGAUGGCGGCCACUUAUUGUCUGCAGGAAAACCGCACUCAGACUCACAACUACCCGAUUGAGGCCGCUGGCAUUGGGGCUGCAAACCUCACGGUUCUCGUGGAAAGUGAGAGUCAGUUUCCGUUCGCUUGCGGCCCGGAAACUAUCGUUUCUAAGAGGGACGUUGUUUUCAAAAGCUUCCAAGUGGAACCUGAAGGGUACUACAUGGCGGACACCCAGUCGGCCUUCCUGUGCGCCUCCAAGCCGCAUUUCCAGAGCAAUGUUAGUUGGACAGUCAGCGUCCCCACUGGGGUCGUGGCUGGGACUCAGAAGGUGGCGCUAGCGCUGAGCGCUGAUUUGCUCACGCAAUCCAUCCAGGUAAUUUGCAAUCGAAAAUCUCUGCACCGACAAGAGAUUUUCGAUUUUCUUUGACCAUGCCGAUUGCGCAAUUAUCACCGGUUAUGCAGGGGCGGAUCCAGCAAAAUUAUC